AUGUCUGCACCACCCUCUCGAGCAGAGCGAAACAAGUGCUGGAAAGCUAGAGAUCUUUAUUUUGAAUGUUUAGAUCAAAAGCAACUAUGGCUUCAUGGGUUUGCACCCACCGAAUACAAUGAAAUAGUACAACUUGAUCCGCUUGCCAAGCAUGGCAAAUCUGAAUCGGAUCGCACACUGACCAAAGAGGAGCGAAACAAGCUGUUUACAUGCCAUCAAUCUCACUUGUUUUUUGAAAAAGAGUGCUUGCCUAGCUGGGUUCAGCACUUUAGUAUGCUGCGUGUAAAAGAUCUACAGUCCAAGGCAAUGGUAGAUAAUCUCAGAAAGACACAAGAAGAGCGGCAUCAAAAAAAGAAUGAGUUCUGGGAACGGGUGAAGAAGAAUUGA